AUAUUAUUCACACAAAUCGGACUCGAACCAUUUACUCUAUCGAAAACUGUCAAAGAAUCGAUUAUUAGCGAAUCUAAGAAUCGCAUAGAUAAUUAUAUUGGCAAAUGGAUAAUAGAAGAUCAAAAUGCAGUAAUGCUAUUGAAGGAAGUAAUUAAAGACGUUCAGGUUUCAGGAGUCGAAACAGUUUGCAAUUCAAAAGGAACAAGCAAUUAUUAUUUAGAACAGCCGUUGUUUCCGAGACAUGUCGAAGAGAUAAAACCGUUGCAAAAUUAUACUGCGCUCAAUAUAAUGCAGUUAUCUAAGCGAUUGCCUAAAUUUGAAAUCAUUGAGAGUGAAGAGCAAGUGACAAUAGAACGAGGAAACGCGUAUAUUGAAGAAUUAUGCAAUCUAAAUCCGAAUAUCACAAAAGAAGAAAUCGAAUACAUUACCUCUAUUUUACAAGAGCAACAAAAAUUGCAACAAGCUAACUUCUAUCAAACCUUUUCGUUCGACACUCGAUUGGACGAUUUGUAUCUUGAGGAAUUUUUAAUACCUGUAAAAGACUAUCAUAUGAAAAAUCAAGAAUCUUUUAGUGAAGUUAUUAUGCCAUUGGUGGAUAAAGAGUUCAACGAAGCGUUUUCAACAUCAUUUUCGAACGAGAGCACUAGAGAUCAAUUGGUGCCCGAAGAGAAAGGAAUUAAAGCGCCAUUAGAAUGGGUGAAUGAAUGGGAGGGAAUUAGUGAUCAGUCAGAAGUAGCAAUUUCAACAUGUUUUAGUGAAGUGCCAGUUGAAUUGGACACGACAACUUGCAAUGAUAUGCAAUUAGGUUGGCUUUUGUCAAAUGCAAUAGGUCAAAUAUUCAAAAAAUCGAAAAACGCAAAAGAAGAUUCAGAGAGAGCAUCAAUUUAUGAAUUGACAAUGAUGAAUUCUUUGACCAAAACAAUCAAGUCUGCUGUUCCUUUCGAAAAAGAAACAUUAGAAGUUUCGCCACUCGACCAAGAAGCUGAAUCGCUUAUUAACGACAUGGAAAAAUUGUUUGCAGCAAAAGUUAAAGAUACUGAGUGGAAGACGCUAAUCUUGGAACAAACAAUUGACGAAAUUGGUGGGCUGAAAUUUGAAGUUCCAGAAUUACCACAUCCACCGAUCAUCGCCAAACUCAAAAGUUCACUAAAAUGCCCAUUCAUUCCGUCGCGAUUAUCGGACCUAGUCGCUCGUCGUAACAGAAACCUAUGUCCCGACUUGCAACAAUAUUUAGUAGCGUUUACUGGCAUAAAAACAUUUGAACUUGCGUUGCGUUGGAAUCCAAUAAAUAAUCUCACUAUCUUAUCUAUUGAAAAGGCAGUUAAUGUCGAAUGGAUUACCGAGGAGGCUGCUGAAGGAACGAUGAAGAAAGAAUGUUGGUGCGAUGUCAUAGUUAAACUUACGAAUGAUUUGAAUUUAAUGAUUGAUCAAAUUGACGAUGAUAAAAGAUUAAUAGCAAGAAAGAAUGAAGUGAUUUUACAAAAUAAUGAAAAACCGACAGUACCAUAUUCUGAGGAAAGUAAUAGAAAAGAACAAAAAGAACAAAUAAAUUCUCAAGCUGCGAUAAUAGAAUUGACUCCUGAAAGCAGUUCAUGCAUUGAACCUAUAAACAAACUUAUUAUAUCCGAACGAAAGAACCGAGUCACUAAAUGGCUAGAAAGCAUUGAUCAACAAGACGAACUUGAAUGUUUACCAAACUCUAUCACUAUCAAAAGAGAAAAUUCAGAAACUAGUUUUGAUGAAGUAUCAUCCAAUUCCGUAAAUACAGAAAAAAGAAAUUUAUCAUUUCUCAAUAAUACUGAUCCUUCAAACAUUAUGACGGGCUCUAAUUUCACGGAAAGUUUUUCGGCAGCUAGAGCUAUUGACGGAUUCUUAGCGUUGAGAGGUAAAACGAUAAAGAACAAGAGUAAAAUGUCAGAGCAUAUUUCGCAUGAACAAAAGAGCAUUAUUUCCAGGCCAUCUUCAAAUAAAAGUUUUUUCAAUUCAAUAUGCCAGCAAAAACAAGAGUCAGCAUCUCAAUCUGAGAGCUUUUACGCUCAUUUGCCCAUACCAAUCACCACACAUAAAUAUAUUAUCUCAUCCCGACUUUUGCAAAAUCAUGCUUUUGUGACAGCAUUAAGAAGUGAAGACUGCAAAGUUGAAUUGAUUGAGCGUGAUUUUGAAUAUUUGAGAACAAUUUUACCAGAUAAUAUAUCCGCCACUAAACAUAUCGAUGCAGACUUAAUUUUAGACGAAAAAUCAGCGCUAAUUUUCCUUUCGCUCUUACAACUUUCCCAACAAAACUCUGCAUCAAAUAAAAAGUCAAGCAUAGAAACAGCUCUUUCGAUACUUCACUUACAUAAAAAAUAUUCAAACUUGUAUUUGGUUUUUGAAACAUAUGUAUGGAAUCAAAAAUCUAGCAUCAGCGAUUCAACCAAACCCUCUCUUAUACCAUAUCCUUUUACCUCGCCAAACCAAAAAGCAAUGAAUGAGCUGUUAGCAAUUCUGGAAAGUUGUGAGUGCAACUUCGAAAUAUUUUUUUCGUCGAGUGAAAAGAUUUCUGCAAGAUAUGUGAGAAUGGUUGGAGAUUUUUGUGCUGAAAAGUGCGAUAAUGAUGACGGCGAUGAAGGAGAGGAAAAAACAAACUAUCAUGCGAAAGCUUGGAAUUCUAGGCGACAAUGGGAGUCGAGACAAUGGAUGACAGCUGAAGAAAGUCUUCAUGAACGAUUUUUGACAAGUUUUAGUCCAUUAAUUAAUGCGUUUUCAGCACAAAUUAUUCUGACAGUGACCACGCUUUUAGAAUUUCUUCGAAUGACGCAUAAAGAGCGCGUUGAUUUGUUUGGUGGCUGGAUUGAUGAGAUACGUCUGGCAAAAUUCGACGAAAUCAUCAAUGGCAUUCUUUGUCCUGAAGAAAAAUAUCCUUCUAAAGAAAACGAAAUCGUCGUUAACAAAAGAAGUAUUGAAAAUAACAAUAAGCAUAAAGACAUAAUCAAUAAUGUUAAUAUUUUGAAACCAGAAAGACAUUUCAUUAACAAUGAAAUGUUGACGUGCAAAUUCCAACAUGAACAAACGGGAGUAAGUAGCAUCAAUUCUGCAAUAAUGCAUGAUGCUGCUGAUGAGGAAAUUGUACCGAAUUUAUAUGAAGGAGAAAGAAAUAAUAUUAAUACUAAUGAGGAAGAUGAGAUGCUUUUUCAAGAUGAAUACUUUAUAGAGGAUGGAAGCGAAAUCAUACUAUAA